GUGCAGCCCAGCCUUUGCCACCGCGGCUGUGACAUGGCCUCGCUGGCUGCCGAGCGCUGUGCUGCAGUGACAGCUGUUCAGGCCGAGGCCUGGGUGGGCUGGCGCUGCCUCUGCUCCGCUGGGUGCUUCUUGGGCAGCAAGGUGUCCUGGGCCACGGGGGUGGUGCCGCCCUCCACGGCUUGGCACAGCAUUGAAGGCAGUGUUCGUGUUUGUGUGCACGUGUGUGUGCGUGCACCAUUAGCAUGUGUGAGGAUGUCCUCACCUUCGAAUGCUUCCUGUGUUCCUCUGUCCCCUGCACAGAAGGGCCAUCCCCAGGACUGUGGCUCCCACCCUCCUCCACUGAGGCUGCGGGCGGUCCCCAGUCUGUGCCUGGAUCGCUCUAUGCAGAGACAGGGUCACCUUUACACGCACAGAUGCAGGCCUGCAUGUGUGUGCAUGCUCCGUGUGGGGGUGAGCAUGUGCGUGGGCAGCUUGACCUGCUCCCCAGCUUCACAGAUGUGUGUGAACUCAUACCCCGGGGUGUCUUGGGACCAAUGUUUGGGAUUCUGAAGGAUCCACACUGCAGAGUAGAUGGGCACCUCUGGGCACCAUAUCUGCACCUGCCAGACUCCUGGGGAGGGGAGGUACUGAACACUUCUGUGGGUGGGCGGGAGACUGGGGAGGAAUACCCCAGCUUUCAUGGGGGUAUGCUAACUCCAGGUCAUCUGAGGGGACAGCCCAACCCAGGGACUUGUGACCCUGUGGGACUGAAGUGAGAUGCUGGCCCAGGUGGCUGGGAGUCUGGAGGCAGCUCCCUGGACACUGCCCACAGAGCUCAUGCAAGUGUUGGGCUGGGAUCCUGUUACCCUAAAAAGAAGGCAGGAGCCAACCCACCCAGACACCACAUAACAGCUCCACAACUCACAAACUUACUGUUGGAAACUUCCCUGAAGUUGCCAUGGUUACGCGGAGGCAUGCGUGGUGCCUGGUCUCUGCUGCUCGCAGAGCUGCUUGGAGUAGGAAUGAAACCCUUUGACCCCGGCCUCCCAGGGCAGGGGGGGCUGCCCAUCUGAAGGGCCCUGGUGCUUCUGCAUGGACGGAAGGAUCUGGAGAUGGGAUUUUCCAGAGCUGGGGGAUGCGGGGUUCUGGACCCGCCCUUCGGAGACGCUGGAGACAGAGCUGGUCUCCCACGCUAAAAUAAUUAUAGCCAGGAGAACAGAGAAUACAUCAUUCCAAGUCAAGGUCCCUAACAGAGAGGAGGUGUGCGCGUGCGUGCGGGCGGCUUCCUGUUGGCGCUGACACCUUCUCCCAGCACUCUUUUGGACCUGGUCACACCUGCCUGGGUGGUGGCCACCUGAAGCAUCCUCACACCUGUUGACUACCUGCAGCAGGUUGAGAAUCUGUCCCUGGGAACCUAGAGUGCGUCCCGGCAACGCUGGCUCUGCCCAGGGGAGUUCCAAGAAGAACCUCCCGGGCCUCCUGCCCCAGCGAAGCUGCCCUCACCUCCCACUGCCAGCGUGAAGUCAGAACCACGGAGGAAACCCUGCCGGCCUCCCAGCGAGCUGGUCUGCAGGCCCUUCGGUGGGAACCUGUCCCAGGAGCAGCCCCUUCUGCAAACAGAGAGCCCAGAGUGCCUCGGGGAAAAUUGGCUGGAUAAAAGGGUAAUCAGGACGCCACGGCUCCGCCUGAAGCGAUGGCCCAGCCCUACCCCCCUGCCCAGUACCCUCCUCCGCCGCAGAAUGGUAUCCCCGCUGAGUACGCCCCACCCCCACCGCACCCCACGCAGGACUACUCGGGCCAGACCCCGGUGCCCCCAGAGCAUGGCAUGACCCUGUACACACCAGCACAGACCCACCCAGAGCAGCCGGGCACAGAGGCCAGCACACAGCCCAUCACUGGGACCCAGACAGUGCCGCAGGCAGAUGAGGCGGCACAGACGGACAGCCAGCCACUCCACCCCUCCGACCCCACAGAGAAGCAGCAGCCCAAGCGGCUACACGUCUCCAACAUCCCCUUCCGGUUCAGGGACCCCGACCUGCGGCAAAUGUUCGGGCAAUUCGGGAAAAUUCUAGACGUGGAGAUCAUUUUUAACGAGCGGGGCUCCAAGGGUUUUGGGUUUGUAACUUUUGAAACUAGCUCAGAUGCUGACCGAGCCCGGGAGAAGCUGAAUGGGACGAUCGUAGAGGGACGAAAAAUUGAGGUCAAUAAUGCCACAGCCCGAGUCAUGACUAACAAGAAGACCGGGAAUCCCUACACCAACGGCUGGAAGCUCAACCCCGUGGUAGGUGCAGUCUACGGACCCGAAUUCUAUGCAGUGACCGGCUUCCCCUACCCCACCACGGGCACAGCCGUUGCCUACCGGGGCGCGCACCUACGGGGCCGGGGCAGGGCCGUGUAUAACACGUUUCGGGCCGCGCCGCCUCCGCCCCCGAUCCCGACUUACGGAGCGGCACUGGAGCAAACGCUUGUUAAAAUGCCAGUCCCGUGGGCGGGGCUGGCACCGUGCCCCCUCCCUCCUCAGCAGACACCGGAGCCGGCCUACCCCACCUCUCCAGCGUUCCCACCACUCUCUUGUCCGUUUGCUUCCAGGGUCGUGUAUCAGGAUGGAUUUUAUGGUGCUGAGAUUUAUGGAGGCUACGCAGCCUACAGAUAUGCUCAGCCAGCAGCAGCAGCAGCAGCCUACAGUGACAGUUACGGCAGAGUCUACGCAGCUGCUGACCCCUACCAUCACACCAUCGGCCCUGCGGCGACCUACAGCAUCGGAACCAUGGCUAGCCUCUGCCGAGGAGGGUACAGCCGCUUCACCCCCUACUAGCAAGAGACCCGCCCCUAACAGCAUUCACACUACUGCCUAUUCCAAACCAAACCCUACAGCCCAAACACCAGGCACAGCCACCAGGAGGACAGUGCGCCCCUCCCGGUCAGCGACCGCGCCGCUGGCCCUCCGCGACUCUAAAGCCCAUAGAUUUUACCUCCAGCCAGCUGGGCUCCCCACCCUGCCCAUGACGGUGUGUGUGUCUUUGACCUGGUUUUCCGUAUGUCUGAACCUUGGUUCCUAUCUUGACUUUGUUGAUGUUGUGCUGCCCAAGCCACUGCAGGUACAGUAUGCACACGGCGGGGGCCAGCUGGGGAGCACAGGCAGCCCCCACCAUUAGCAGUAGCACCCAGAGGAUGGCCUGCUCCACACAGCUCCAGAAACACUGGGUCAGGCCUCUCUCACAGCUGCCACAGCCAGCCCCCUGCACAGCCGGCCUCCCCCAGGGUCCACCUGGCUCCGCUACACCCUCCCUGUCCCCACUCAGUUGAGGCUGAUGUUUCUAAUUAAAUUUUUAAUGAUGACAUGGUCACAAGCACAUUGCUCUGUGUGUA